AUGGCUAAUGAAGUAAUUACAGCAAUUUCUCAUGGAUUAGCACAAGCAUUAAUUGGGUCAUAUGUUGGCCAUAAACUCGAUGAAUCAUUCGAUAAAUAUGUUUUAGAACCAAAGAAAGGUGAUAGUAGUUUACAUGUUAUAAUGGAAAAUGAUUUAUUGAGAGAUUAUCGAUAUAAAAUCAAUCAAACAUCAACUAAUGAUUUACUUUUAUCAUCGAGCCUUCAGCUAUCGAUGGGUGUAUGUUUAACACUUCUCAUUGGGAAUGGUGUUAGUUCUAUAUUUAGAGGUGAUCCAAAUUUUGGGGUCCCAUUUUAUCUCACAUUUUUUGGAACUCAAGAAAAACUUUUAACAAACAUUAAAGAAAUCAAUAAAAGAUUAUAA